ACAGUUACACAUACACGCUCACCCUUUUCUUUAAAACACUUAAAAAAGACAGAGGGCCUCUGUCUGUCUGUGAUCUCAUUAGUGGUGGUGGUGGCUCUCUCUCUUUGCCUCCUCUUGCUUAUCUUUGCUUUUCCAUGUGCUUAGUUGCUUAUUCUUCAUUAGCCACCUUUCUCUCUUUCUUUCCUUUUUAGGUUCCUCAAUUGACUCCUCAGACUUCUACUCUGUAUUAAACUUUGGGGUGAGCAAGAUAGGCUCAAACUUUCAGGCUGGUAAAUUGUAUUGCAAAUCAGCUCAUCCUAGCUUGUGGGUUUGGAGUGUUUGUGUUUUUGUGCUCUUCUUGGAUCCAAUUUUCAGAGGUGUCCUGUAAGAUAAGACUUGGACCAAGAAGUCUAUAUGGUUCAGUUUUGAGGCAGAAUUGAAGUUAUCUGCAAUUUAUGUGUGUAAUCUAAUUGGGCCAGCUGAUGGAUGAUCAAGUUAUUAGUCCUCAGAAAGAUCUGCCGGGAAAAGAGAGUCAGUCUCAUAAAUUGAGCAAGGAGAGAGUAUUAUCUAGAGAAGGUACUUUAAAAUCCUCUGGCUCAAAAUUGAAAAGGUUAGUCAAAGUGGCAAAUCCACAGCAUGCUCUAGUGUCAAAUGUUAAUAGUUCACAGAUUAGUAGAUGUUGCACAAAAAGUCCGUUAUUUCAAAGUACUAUUGGCGUCGACAAUAGGAUUCCAAAGCAUAUACUAAGUGUAGAUGAAAAAUUUCGACGUCGAUGCUUGGAAUUAAUUCAUAUAAGUGCAUCCAAAGCAGCUCAGUGCAAAGUAGCUGUGAAUUUGAGCUCUGCGAAGAUGGGUGUUUUAGCUGAAAGCCUUAGUGCUGGUAAAACUAGAAGCGGAGAUACAUGCGAAUCUGAUAGGUUUGUUUAUGAAUGCCCAUUGGCAGCUGGAGGUGGGAGUGUUGUCAUAAGCCCUGCUGGACAGUGGAUCGUAGGUACUGUUAUGGGGAGCAAGAGCAUGAUAAAUAUAUUGAAGAGCCCUUUAUGUCAUCAAGUUGGCCCUGAAGGCGGCAAUGCAGAUUCUAGAAGAAUAACUUCAAAUGAUGACAAAGGCUCGAUAUGCUAUGAUUUAGCGAAGUCUACUGGCGCAUUAACUUUCUCUUCACCGAAGACAGAAAAGGAAAUUCUAGUUAAGGGAAGCAUUAAAAAUGAAUCUGAUGGGGGUCACAGAAGGCUUCUUUCUACGUGUAGCAGAGACUGUCCAUCUUCUGAUCAAUCUUCCCCUUCGGCUCUUGCCAUCAUUUCCCAAGGAAUGCUCCAAUGCACGUGGAAGGGAGGGAAUCCUCAUUUUGUUUUCUCUACAGAUGAACAGAAGGAGGUCUAUGUAGCCAAUUUGUGGAAGGUUCAGUCUAGAGAGGACAAGUCUCUGGAUUACAUAUACUUGUUCCAUGCAGGAAAGGGCGGCCAGAAGAACCAUGAGAUUCACGAUAGUGAGUCACACCUAGUCGGUAAGAUGAAGGUGAGUAAUUUGGUUUCUCUCUGCUCAAACAAUUCAAAGAUCAUGGAGACCGAGUUUGUUUUGUAUGGUGGUGUUAUUGAAAUGCACACUUCUAGCCAUAAUCUCAGGAAGAGUAAGGGGUUAUCGAAAAAGAUGGCAGGAGUGUUCAGGACAAGUCACUUAUCCAAACAAAGAAUCAUCCCCAAAUUGAGUGGACCUCUUGAUUCUUCUCGGGAGUCAUGCCUAGAUGAUACAGCCAACAGUCAAGAUGCUCUAGGUGUGCCCAAUUUGUUAGAUGAUAACCUCCCUCCAAAUUUUGAAUUAGCUGCAAUUGUUAUGAAAGACCAUCUCCCUGAUGAUCGUAAGGAAGAAGCUGGAGGUUGGGGUUUGAAAUUUCUAAAGAAAGUUGGGGUGAAGAAAACCAAUAACUCUGUGGAAGUGUCAGUGCCUCUCAAAUGUUGUCAAAAUGAUGGUGAUUGCUCUACAAGUAUGGAUGUUCUGAUUCCAGCAUGUCUUCAUGGUGGACCAAGAACCAGAAAUGGUGGCCCUUCAAGUCUUACUGAAAGAUGGAGAUCUGGUGGAUACUGUGACUGUGGUGGCUGGGACAUGGGGUGCCCUCUCGCCGUACUUAAAAGCAAAUCAAGCAAAGAGAACAUUUUGCCUCAAUUAGAUACUCAAGGGGAGUGCAAGCCGUUUGAUUUAAAUAUACAGGGCUCUGAGCAUGCUGCUCCCACAUUAAGGAUGAUGAAUGUCCAUGAUGGUCUGUAUUUUGUUCAUUUCCAACCUACUCUGUCAAUUUUGCAAGCUUUCUCAGUUGCGGUAGCGAUUAUCCAUACACAGACCCCUUCUCUCCGGCCCAAAUGUACAGAAAUUUCAACUAAAGUCCAGGGUUGAAAUUUUUGUAGUCCUUGUAACUCUACUGUAUACAGCAGUGAGUAAUUUACAAUAUCUGUAUUUAUACUUAGAAUCAAGAUUGUUUCACUUAUGUUUUAUGGUUUUUGGAUAUAGUGAUAUCAGAUAGAUCUCUUAUUGUAGGUUAGAUGGUACUGGUUGGGAUUUUAUAAUCCUUUGAUUCUAAAACCAGAAACCCCUUGUAACCGAUCCGUAUCAUGAAUGUACAAGAGUUUGAUAUAGUUAAAUUGAUACAUCUUGAGGCCAAC